CAUAUUGAUAAGAGUGUUUACCAAUGCUUCUCUAAAUGGAAAGCACAACUUAGACUCGUUCAUAUGCAUAUAUAUGUUUUAGGUUUCCUUUUCUGAUAUUUUUUCUUUCUUUUUGAAUUUCUUAAUUUUCUUACUAAUGCAUGAAUUUGUUUCUCAUGCCAGGACAUGUGAUAGUUAGGCCAUGCAAUUUAUAGUCUUGAGAAAGCAUGUUGGAAUUAUAGUUCUAGCUAAUAUGAAAUUGUGUUAGAAGCAUGUUCAAUUUAAGGGUAUUUGUUUUCAUGAUGAAAAUUAGAUUGCAACAUGUAUUUGAAGGCUAUUGUUUUAAUACUGAAAAAAAACAACAUCUGACUUUUUUGUAUUGGUGUAGUUAGUCGAGGACCAUCUCAACCGUUUUAUGGCUAGCAUAAAUUCAGAAAAGUUGUUCUUUUUACCGUUUAAUACCGGCAACGGUGGACAUUGGUUGUUGGUCGCGAUUAAUCCUAUCAGAGAAGUUGUAUAUUUUCUGGAUUCCUUACACAAUCCAGUUAGUACAUACGAAGCUGUGAAGGAGUUGGUUGAUACCGUUAUACAAGUUUUUCGAGCACAAAGAGGAAGUCAAGUACCAAAGAGUAAAGUUAACAACAUCACAUGGAUUCGAGUGGAGUGUCCUGGGCAGCGUAAUGAAGUAGAUUGCGGUUUUUACAUGUUGCAGUUUAUGAAAGAAAUUCUUCUUUCGAAUCAAAUAGAGAUUCCAUCCAAGUACUUUGAUGACUUCAAGUGUGCUACUUACUCAAGAUCUAAGUUGGAGGAACUUAAGGAGGAAUGGUGUCAAUUCAUGAUUGAGUUGAAAGUUGUAUAGGAUAUUGAAGGGUAAAAAGGUUACAGUUGCUGGCAAGAAGAAAAAGUAGAUAUUUAGCAUCCUUUUGACUUGGAUGUAAUUUUGUGUAAUUGUUUUCAUUGAAUUGGAUGUAAUUUUGUUGUUUUGGGUAAAAAUGUUUUGGAUGAUGCAAUUGUUUUCAUUGAAUUAUAUUGGAUGUAAUUUUGUUGUUGUUUAUUAA